AUGGUUGAAGCAUGUUUACCAUCAUUAGAUGAGCAUGAAGAUGGAUCGGAAAGUGGAGUAAAUAGUGGAAAUGGUUUAACAGGAAAUAAUGAAACGCGACAUGCAUCUUUACGUGAUCAUCAUACGUUUCGACAUCAUCAUCAGUAUUCAGCUUCAUCAGCAGCUGCUUGUUUUAAUGCUAAUUUAUCUUCAUCAAUGUCGAAUUCAAUUCGUUUACCAACUGAUCGUAAUGCUCAAUUUUUUGAUUUAAAUGAUCUUAAUCAUCCAACAUAA